AUGACAUUCAGUCAAAUUGUUGUAGCAAAAGAUGAUCUUGGAGAUGCAACUUCAGAAUACGUAGCCGUGGAUCAUAUGCUUAGGAUGCGACUUCUUCCCACUAUUGCCACAUUCACAACUCUAAUGCAUAGAUUCUACAGAGAUGCUAAGAUUGCAGAGGCUUUAAAGUUGAAGGGUGUAAUGGAGCUUUGUGGUCUGAAGCUUGAUGUUGUUGCUUACAAUGUUCUCACUAUGGGCAUGUGUGCUAAUAGGGAUUCUGUAGCUGCAUUUGAGCUUUAUGAGGAAAUGAGACAUAGGGAUCUUUGUCCGAAUAUUACCACCUAUGUUGUUCUUGUUGAUGCCAUUUCUACUGAAAAUUCUCCUUUGACUAAUUGUGCUUUUCAGACCGUAGCAUUUGCAUUUGAUCAGCACUGCUGGACACAGAAGUUAUUGCAGAAUUCUAGGAAGGUUGAUGAUGUUCAGGACUACAAAUUCAGAAACAAUUUAAGGGUUACAACGGCUGAACCCAAGGAAAUGUGUGGGCGCGACUCUCAGUAUGCUAAUAGUGAAUUUCCAGUUCGGUUCGAAAAUUUCUGUUAUAAAUCCAGCUGGCAUGAAAAGAUCACUGGCUCUCUAUUUUUCAUAUGUGAUGUCUUGGAUGACGGUGAUUCUGGUCCAAUUUUCAAGGUUCAAACAGUCUAUCCUCCUCCUCACCAAAGGCCACAACUGAGAGCAGAAGAUAUCUGCUGUACCGGGUUCCAGGACCUGGUUCAUGAAGUUGCACAAUAA